CAUAUGACAACCAAACUUGGUAUUUGUCAUGUAUGAGGUGCUUUUUUAAUAGGCACCAAGAAUCGCGAAAUCCCUGCUCGAACGUUAGAAAUACCGCUUGUCCUGAAUACAAUACACCAAAAACCGGUAUUCGACCCUGCCAAAUUUUCGUCUUUAAUAAGACUUCAUCACAAAGCAAUGAGAGUUUAUUGUGACCUUUAUUCAAGGAUAUAAGACAAUUACGAGGUGAUCAAUCGUGAAAAUAUUCGAGGUACGGAGAUUGACUGGAGACUUACGGAGAGGUUGGUAAGCCUGUGAGUUUCCAUUUCGGCUUUAUAUACAUGAUUUAUUUUUAUUCUUUCUUAUUCAUUUCUAAAAAUGGCAAUGUUUUCAAAAGAGCACCAGCGUUUGAUAGUCACCCGCUAAUCAAAGUCCCGGAUGUUAAGACAGACUGGUACUUUGAGGGGUCUGUUUUCGAAUAGUAUUGAACUCAGCGUUAAACUAAACUAAAAGAAAAGAUAAAAGAAAUCUGUUAAACAAAGACUAAUCUACGAGGGCGAAGACAAGAAUGACAGGCAACCCGAGAAGCGAGAAGCCAUCUCCUACACUCGAUGAACGGCGUGCAAGUGAGAUUCCAUUGUCCUUAAAGAAACUCGAGCUUCAACAAAACGGGACGCUUUCUAAAGUGAACAAGACUUUGCUGUUUUUCAAAUACUUUUAUUUCGUUUUCUAUAGCGCUAUUGGGACUGUGUUUCCGUUUCUGAAUGGGUACAUUCGUCAGAUUGGUAUUUCUAAUGAUCAGAUGCAGAUUCUCUCAGGAGUUCGACCCUUGAUUCAUCUGGUGUUUGCCCCUCUGUGGGGGGUCCUCGGUGAUAGAUGCAUCUCUAAAAAGAUGAUCAUACAAUUCUCUUUGUUUGUAUGGCUCGUUGUAACGAUAUCUAUGGCGUUUCUUGAACCCACCGGUCAGACCUGCCAAGUGAUUUCAAUCAAUCAAACAAUCAUUAAGGUGGUCAACUCCACAGAGGUAAAAACAGGGUUCUUUAGACGAAAACGAAGUAUCAUCGACAUCGAGGAGUAUCCAAUGGAUUAUGGGUAUGCGGCACACGCCAUGAACACUCGGGGGACAUUUGAAGCUACCUUUGGCUCAAGUAGUAGUGGGUCAGGAUCACACGAUCUCGAUUCCUCAAUUUCAGGAAGUGGAACCACCGGAUCCGGAGAUGAUCAUGUUGUCUUCAAAACCAUGAAAACACACGAAAAUCUUCCUACGCUUGCAAUCAGCGACAAAGCACGAAAGGACGACGACGUCAUUAUAACUACUAGAAACCUAUUCCGUAGUAGUUCCGGGGAGAUAUACGAGACAUUCCUUACGGCUUUAGUGUUAUUAAUGACAAUUGAGCUAUUUUUGUGCCCAGUCCUUGUGUUUUUGGACUCCGUAUUGCUGAACAGGCAGCAUGAAGACAGUUUUUCAUACGGCCAGCAAAGGCUUUUCGGUUCCCUUGGAUAUGUCAUUCUUUUCCUUACUGUCGGGGUGCUGUUAGAGAGAUCAGCAAGAACAGUCUGCGGCGAUCUUUUUCAGGACUACGUUAUCUGCUUCUGUUUCUUUUGUUUCAUGACGGUACUAACACUAGUGGUGACAGUCAAUUUCGACAUCCCUUACAUAAAGCCCGACCCUGACCCUCUGGGGAGACUCAAAGCUACAUUCUACGAUCGCCACCACGGGACCCUUCUCGCCUCUGUGUGUUUCAUGGGGUUCUCACACUCUGUUCUAACCAGCUUCUACGACUCGUAUCUCCUCAACAGCGGGGUUGACUACACGACUACAGUUGCCAUAAACGUCUUUCGAUUUUCAGGCGAACCUAUCGCAUUUUUCCUGAGCAGCAUGAUCCUAAACAGGGCAGGCACUAUCAAUGUUCUUUUCGGGAUAAUUCUCGUCACAUCUGUGAAUCUCUUUUGUAGCUCGUUUAUCUCUGGCCCCUGGCAUUUAGUGUCUUUUGGGUUUGUAGAAGGGUUUACAUACGGGACAUCAUGGGUGGCUAUGGCGACAUAUUUGGUUAGCUCCGCCCCGACUGACUCUACAUCUACCGUGCAAGGUGUGCUUCAAAGCGUGUACUGGGGCCUUGGCGGCCUUCUUGGAGUACUUAUUGGCAACAAUUUGAUCAGCAUGAUUGGGUCAGCGGCGUCUCUCCGCCUUUUUUCUGUGAUGGCCCUUGUGAUCGCUAUCAUAUUCACUAUAGGGCUCCGAGGAUUCUAUUUCUCUGAGUCAAACUAUUUCACCGCAAUGAUGACGCGUGUUUACUGCUUGGGCAGCGCGGCAAAGUGCGUCGUUAUACCGCCCGGAAAGUCUGUUGUAGACAGUAAUAUACGUGGACUGGGACUAGACGUGGAGCGCGCGUCUAAGUCAAAUUGUGGCGGCAAAAAAGAUAGACGAAAAUCAAAGCAGGAAAAAGGGAGCAAGUCCGAAUGUGGUAGCGAUACUAGAAAUACACCCAGCCCUUGACUUUUCUACAUCAUUAUCUGAAAUAGAGUGACAUUAAUGGCAGUGUUACGUCACCUCCAAAAGUAUGGGUAAAAAAGGUGCUAUUGCAUAAAUGUAACUUUUUUUAAUGAAAGAAAAAAUAAAUGACGGCAACAUAGCAGCUAGGUGAUAUGUCUAUUUCAAACAAGAUUGCACUCGGAGAUUCCGUGUCGUAACCCGCAGUGCUUCAUGGUUACUAGCUAAAUCAACAAGACUGUCAUGAAGCGAUAACUCGUUUCGCGCUGUUGAGCCCUCAAAUGUAAUAACUACCCACAAAUGUUAUAACAAGUUACCCACAAAUGUAAUAAACCCACAAAUGUAAUAAACCCACAAAUGUAAUAACAUAGAUCUUAUGGAUCUACCUGGGAAGGGGAUGUUAAAGACAUGUCUAGCACCUUUUUUUCUGAGGACAUACAGCCCAAAAUAUAUUUUCAACAAACCUUG